UUGUAGUCCGAAAACAGCCGGAAAAUGGCACGAUGGUAAAUUCGAACCACACUUCCAGCCAGCCCGAAACAUAGCACGCCGUUCCCGAACGCCCCCGCAGCAGCAUAUCCGACGUCUUACGGUCUGGUCCUCUAACUCCUGACAGGGAAAACAAGAAGCAUCCCUCUUCUUCUCACCAGUCCUACUCAGUCAACGCCGGCAAGGAGUGAGACCCAGAGAAGAAAGCGACAAGGAGCUACUCGUAUUCUUUCGGUCUUUUAUCUUUAUCUAUUUCUUUUAGUUGCUCGUCCGAGCCCUUUGUCGUACUCUGUGCGAUGGCUUUUCCCUGGUUGGGCGCUGUGGUUUGUAAAAUUCAGGUGCAGUUUUUGACGCUUCUUUCGAUACUUUUUUGACCACAGGCUUUAGCUCUGCUUCUGUAUCUUUUGAGAUUGUGAGGUGGAGGAGAGGGGAAGCUGUUGCUUGACCCUUGAAGAAAUUCUGGAUCGGGCAAGUAGGAAGAAGAAUGUCGAAAGUAGUAUACGAGGGAUGGAUGGUGCGCUUUGGUCGGAGGAGGAUCGGCCGUUCGUUCAUCCACAUGCGGUACUUUGUACUCGAAACUAGGGUUCUUGCUUAUUACAAGAGGAAGUCCCUGGGUAAUAUGGUUCCUAUCAAAACCCUUUUCAUAGAUGGGAAUUGUAGGGUGGAGGAUAGAGGACUUAAGAUUCACCAUGGACAUAUGGUAUAUGUACUGUGUGUGUACAACAAAAAGGACAAGUACCAUCGAAUUAUGAUGGCAGCGUUCAACAUCCAGGAGGCUUUGGUCUGGAAGGAGAAAAUUGAAUCUGUGAUUGACCAGCAGCAAGAUUUAAACACAGCUAAUGGAAGUAUGCUACAUGCUUCAUUUCUGGCCAAAGCUGGCAUUAAUGCUGAUGGGAACGCUUCUUCAUCUGACAGGGAAAGCCUGGCAAGUGCCGAGGAUGAGGAAGUAACAAACCGCACAAUGAUUCGUAGGACAACAAUUGGCAAUGGUCCUCCUGAAUCAAUGCUCGAUUGGACACGCCAGGGUGAUUCGGUGUUAUCAAAUCAGAGUACUUCAGAUGAAGUUUUUUCUAGAAAACAUUGGCGCCUUGUCAGAUGUCAGAAUGGUCUUCGCAUUUUUGAAGAGCUUUCGGAAGCUGAUUACCUUCCAAGAAGUUGUAGUAGAGCAAUGAAAGCUGUUGGUGUGGUGGAGGCCACUUGUGAAGCAAUAUUUGAACUUGUGAUGUGUAUGGAUGGAACUCGAUUUGAGUGGGACUCCAGCUUCCAAUAUGGUAGCUUAGUAGAGGAGGUAGAUGGACAUACUGCAAUAUUAUAUCAUAGACUGCAGCUGGGCUGGUUUUCCAUGCUUGUGUGGCCACGUGAUCUGUGCUAUGUGCGUUAUUGGAGACGUAAUGAUGAUGGAAGCUAUGUUGUGCUUUUUCGGUCUAGGGAGCAUCCAAAUUGCAGCGCACAACCAGGAUUUGUCAGGGCCCAUAUUGAGAGUGGUGGAUUCAACAUUUCUCCUCUAAAAUCCCGUAAUGGGAGAACUCGAACAAAAGUUGAACAUCUCAUGCAAAUUGAUUUAAAAGGAUGGGGUGUUGGUUAUUUUCCAUCAUUUCAGCAACAUUGUUUGAUUCAGAUGUUGAACAGUGUAGCUGGUUUGCGUGAAUGGUUUUCCCAAACUGAUGAAACUCACACAGUUCCAAGGAUACCAGUUAUGAUGAGCAUAUCUUCAGGUUCAGUUUCUUCCAAGAAAGGAGGGAAAAGCCAUGAUUACUCUAAUCAGUCAAUUCCUUUGGAUGAAGAAUCAGAUGAGGAUGAAGAUUGCCAGAUUCACGAACCUGAAGAAAUGAUGGACUCAGUCAAGGCUGAGAAUGCUGUGAAGCAACCAGAUGAGGAUCCAUUGGAUCAGCUUGAUUUGUCAUCCUUUUCUGGCAAUUUACGACGUGAUGAUCGUGAUAAUAUUCGAGAUUGUUGGAGAAUGCCUGAUGGAAACAACUUCAAAGUCCGUGGCAAGACGUUCUGUUAUGACAAAACAAAGAUACCUGCAGGCAAGCCUUUUAUGAAGCUUGUAGCAGUUGAUUGGUUCAAGGAUGUGAAAAGGAUGGACCAUGUUGCGAGGAGACAAGGCUGUGCGGUUCAGGUUGCCUCUGAGAAAGGACUGUUCACUUUGGUCGUAAAUGUUCAAGUUCCAGGUUCAACCCAUUACAGUAUGGUCUUUUAUUUUGUGUCAAAACCACUAGUUUCUGGGUCAUUGCUGCAACAUUUUGUUGACGGUGAUGAUGAAUUCCGAAACAGUAGAUUCAAGCUAAUCCCCUCUGUUCCUAAGGGUUCUUGGAUAGUUCGUCAAAGUGUCGGAAGCACCCCAUGCUUACUAGGAAAAGCAGUUGAUUGUACCUAUAUUCGUGGACCAAAAUACUUGGAAAUUGAUAUUGACAUUGGUUCUUCCACUGUAGCUAAUGGAGUUCUGGGAUUAGUCUUUGGUGUGAUUACUACUUUGGUAGUCGACAUGGCCUUCCUUAUACAGGCAAACACUUAUGAGGAGCUCCCCGAACGGCUCAUUGGAGCUGUUCGUGUUUCGCGGUUAGAACUUUCUUCUGCUAUAGUUCCACAACUUGAGCCCAACACCUCAACUGAAUAAGAGACGUUAAAAUUGUGAUCUCUCAUCUCAAAUUCUUUCAAUAUUUUCUGGCUCGUUAAAAUGUUUCAUAAAAUCGGUCUAAAGCAGAGCUGGUUCUUGUCUGGCCCUUCUAAAGCAGAGUAUCCAGAGGGUAUCUAUAACGUAGAUAGAUAACAUGUUCAGAUAAGCUGUUACUGAUCAUAAGUAGUGUUUCAGAGCUUUGAAUAAUUCAUUGUAUCUGCUGCACUGCAAAGAUGGGAACUUUGGGCUUUUAUUUUUACUUUUUUUAAGUUUUUAAUUCUGUUUGGCAAACGAACGACUAUGAUGUAAAAUGUAGCAAAUUUCAUUGAUUGUACAAAAUGAUAGAAGGCCAAUGUUGUUGACGAGGGAACAAAGAGUAAUUAUAAAUUAUGUGAAACUAUACUUAGUAUAAAA